AUGUCGUAUGAAAUCGAUGAGAAAACUCCGACUCCUAUGGUGACGGAUAUUCCAUAUCCUAUGACGGGUGAAGAACCUGAAUAUGACAGCAUGCAAAACGGCACAGGCCAUGGCGAAACUCGACGUGGUCUGAAGUCGCGGCACGUACAACUGAUUGCCCUUGGUGGCUGUAUUGGUACAGGUCUCUUUGUUGGUUCUGGUACUAUUUUGUCGCGUUCUGGCCCCGGUUCUCUUUUUGUUGCUUACUGUAUUAUGUCUUUUGUUAUUUGGUCAGUUAUGAAUGCUCUCGGUGAAAUGACAACUUAUCUGCCCAUUCAUGGUGCUUCACCCACCAUGUAUGUCCAUAGAUUUUCUGACCCUUCUACUGCAUUUGCCACAGGCUGGAACUAUUGGUACUCUUAUGCAUUUCUCGUCCCCUCUGAAAUUACUGCUGCCGCUAUUGUUAUUGAAUACUGGACUGAUAAAGUACCUACUGCAGUUUGGAUUGCCAUUAUUUGGGUUGUUAUUGUUUUAUUAAAUGUCACUUUUGUUAAGCUUUUUGGUGAGACGGAGUUUUGGUUUGCAUCCAUCAAGAUUAUUGCCAUUUGUGGGUUAAUUAUUCUUGGCAUUGUUAUUUUCUUUGGUGGUGCGCCCACUCACGAUCGUCUUGGAUUUAGAUAUUGGAAGAAUGGUGAUGCCUUUAAGGAGUACAUUGUUACUGGUCCUUCUGGUCGCUUUUGUGGAUUUUGGAACGCCAUUAUCCGCUCGGGAUUCUCUUUCAUUAUGUCUCCCGAGCUUAUUACCAUUGCCGCAGGAGAAACUGAAGCACCUCGUCGUAAUGUCCCUAAGGCCACUAGUAGAUUUAUUUACAGAUUGCUUUUCUUUUAUAUCUUUGGUUCCCUUGUUAUUGGUACUAUUGUUUCCUCUCAUAAUGAUCAUUUGCUUAAUGGUUCUGGCAAUGCUUCUGCUUCUCCCUUUGUCAUUGGUAUUCAGAAUGCCGGCAUUCACGUUUUGAAUCACAUUGUCAAUGCUGUUAUUUUGACCUCAGCUUGGUCUUCUGGUAAUUCAUUUUUGUUUGCUGGUUCUAGAACGCUCUAUUCGCUUGCCGUUAGCGGUCAGGCUCCUCGCAUCUUGGGUUACUGUACUCCUUGGGGUGUCCCCAUUGUUGCUGUUGCCUGUACCGCAGCCAUUGCAUUGCUUGCUUUUUUGAAUGUUUCUUCUUCCUCUUCUAAUGUGUUUACCUGGUUUACCAAUCUUUCUACUGUUUCUGGUUUCCUUGCGUGGCUUGCGGUGCUGGCUGCCUAUAUUCGCUGGCGCAAGGCUCUUCAAUACCAAGGUAUUGAUGACACUAGACCUUACAAGACUCCUUGGCAACCGUACACUUCCUACAUUACUUUUGUUUUUGUCUUUAUUCUUGCCAUUAGCAAUGGUUUUAACGUUUUUGUUGGUGGAUCUUUUAAUGCUUCAGAUUUCGUUGCUGCUUACAUUACUUUACCAUUAUUUGUUAUUUUAUAUAUUGGUCACAAGAUUUGGACCAAGAAUUGGCAAUUAUUUAUUCCCUUGGAAAAGGUGGAUUUGAUUUCUGGUCUUGAUGAGGCCGAGCGCACUGAGGCCAUGUAUCCAGAACGUGAACCACGCAACUUUAUUGAGAAGGUGUGGUUCUGGAUUGCUUAA